AUGGAGGACGAACAGAAUUUAGAAAUUGAAACUCCAAAAAGCAAGCGGGUGCGGAAAAUGAAAGUGAAAUGGACAGCGGAAGAGACCGAGCGGCUGAUCCAAGAAGUAGAGUCCAGGGAAGGUACAUGGAAUUUUCUUUCCCAUGAUUAUAGAGACCGCAAUUUGCGAGAGGCUCAGUGGCAUGAAGUAGCGGACAUAUUAAAUAUGCCACGAUCAGAAGUAGCAGCCAAAUGGAACAGCCUUCGCUGCUCUUAUUGCAUUGCAUUAUAAAUAUUAAUUUAGGCGGCCUUCAACCGAAAGGCACAUACAAAAAGUGGUCAAGGUGCUGGAAGAACGCCUACAAUGAACCCACUUUAUAAUUCUCUAAAGUUCCUGGAGCCCACCUUGCGUGUUGAAGCUAACACGACAUCAAACUUAAUUAUUGCAAUGGUGGAACGUGCACUGGAGACCCUCACAUCAGCUACCAAAAGUGACGCAUGGGAUGAUUUGGGAAAUUUUGUGUCAUCCAAUGGCCGAGAGUUGGCCCAAGAAUCUCCAAAGAAUUUAAGCGGAAUAUAUGUGAGUUGA